AUGGCGUUCUCACUUUGCUCCACCAAAUCACUCAUGCUACUUCUCCUCAUCUCAGCCAUUCCCUUCGCUUACAUCAUCUCUCUGGAGCGAACCAAAUUUGCCACUCAUGUGUACCAAUACCACAGCUCUGGCUUCAUGCGUGAGUGCGCCAAGUGGGAUCAAUCCCACCGCCGAUUCCUCGUUUCCUUUUUGGGUGGAGGAGUCGGUCAGGUAUCAGUACCCCGUGAUUACUUACCCCAAACUGUUCUAAAUGAAGUCACGGUGGUCAAAGAUGUUGACUUAGCCGGCAAUGCGUCACUUGGCAUUGUCCUUGACCACCCUAGGAAUCGCCUUCUUGUGGUGGUUUCAGACCUUUUCUGGAAUAAAUACAGUGCACUCGCAGCUUAUGAUCUGUCCACGUGGAAACGUUUGUUUCUCACCCAACUCAGUGGGCCAAGUGAUGAGAAAUCAUUGGCGGACGAUGCAGCAGUUGAUGAAGAAGGCAAUGCAUAUGUUACUGAUGCCAAAGCCAGUAAAAUUUGGAAGGUAGGAGUGAAUGGGGAGUUUGUAUCCAUCAUUAGAAGCCCACUGUUUAUUGCAAAAGAUUGGUACAAAAACUUGGUUGGGCUGAAUGGAAUAGUUUACCAUCCAAAUGGGUUCUUGAUAGUAAUUCAUACAUUUAGUGGGAAUUUGUUUAAGAUUGAGACUGGGAAGGGAGAGGAAAUUAAGUUAAUUAAGGUAGAGGGAGGGCCAUUGUCAUUUGGAGAUGGUAUGGAGCUACUGUCUCCAACGAAGCUUGUAGUAGCAGGGAAUCAUCCUUCAGCAAGAUUGGUGGAGAGCUCUGAUGGGUGGGAGACGGCUUCUGUGGUGGCAAAAUUUAGUGGGCCUGCUCAUCGCUUGGCCUCAGCGGCAACCGUGAAAGACGGACAGGUGUAUCUCAACCACAUUAUUGGCGUGGGAUAUCCCAAGAAGCAUCUCCUCGUCCAGGCUGUUUUCUAGAACCUCAAAAUCUCCAUGUAUUAUCGAACUUCGGUGCUGCUAAAUUAUGUUGCACUCUGGGGUUUUUAUUGUGUUGUAUUUGUAU